AUGUCGAGGGCAUUGUUGGCAUCACAAUUGUCCACAGAAUUGGCCGCUGAGUUAAAGAAUCCCCAACCAUUCUGUCACAAGACGAAUCCAUCCAAUAUGACGGCUGAUUAUCUUUCUCCUGUAACCAUUUUCGUGCCUGACCGUCUACGUGAUGCUAACUUCUCAAACGGUGAACCGAUUGACGCAACUAUGUUUGAUUUUAAAGUUGAUGAACUAACUUCAAAAGAAGAUCAGGAGAUGGAUGAUAUGGCUGCAAGGGAAUUCAAAGGCGCUCCAACAGUUUGUCCUCAACCCAGUGACCUGAUCGAGCCAACUACGUUGUUAGGUGCUCGUGAUGCAGUGAAUCUUGAGCGUUUAGAAUUUUAUGGCGAUUCGUUUCUGCAUUUGAUAUCUACACUGAGUGUUUACGGCACCAGUCCACAGGAUGCGGAUGAAGGACACUUAAGCUGGAAUAGAAAUUCACUUGUAUCAAAUGCUCACUUGUGUGAUAUUGCUCGAGAUUUGGCAUGGUAUGAAUAUUGUACUGGUCAAACAUUCUUUCCAUCAAAACAUUUUGUACCUCCGUGCUACACUGUUUCGUCUGAGGUUAGUGGCUGUGAUGGUAAUCUUUGUUUGUAUUUUCACGUUUGCUCCGAGUAUUUCAAUUCCUGUAUGUAUGUAUGUAUGUAUAUGCAUAGUUAUUCAAGUUGA